UUUAAACCUUUGUAUCUUAUUAUCUUUCACAGUUCAAUAGACUUCGAUAUAGUUUUAACUGUAAACAAAAUCGUUCUAUUUAACUGCGAUGGAACCCGUUGACAGAAGACCAUUCGUCCAAGCUUUGUCUGAAGAUAAAAGAAAACAGGUAUGCAGCAUUCUUCAGGACCUAAUCUUUACUGAGGAACAUAUGCAGAAACUUAUGUUGACUUUUGAAGAACAGAUAAAUUAUGCAAACAAUCCGAAUGAAACUGAACAAAAAAAAUCUGACCUUUGGUGGGGCUACACAUUUGUCAGUGGUGUUUUACAAGGCAAUGAAAACGGUAGAUAUAUAGGUUUAGAUUUGGGAGGAACCCAUUUUAGAAUUAUAUUGGUAGAAUUUGUAAACGGAGUAGCAGAAACAACUACGCAAUAUUUCAACAUCCAUAGACAGCUAUUAACGGGACCAUGUGAGAAGGUGUUUGACCAAAUAGCAACAUCUAUACAAACUUUCCUACAUGACGAAGAAAUAAGAAAUGACAAACCUAUCCCUCUAGGUUUUACAUUUUCCUUUCCAUCAGAACAGACUAGUCUAAAACAUUGUACUCUGAAAACUUGGACUAAAGGUUUCCAGUGUACUACAGGUGUAGGUUUAGACCCUUGUAUUCUCUUAGAGGAUGCCAUUCACAGACUUGGGGGACUAUCACCUGCAGUCAACAUAGUAGCAAGAAUAGGAGAUUCAACUGGAACUUUGAUGGCAUCAAUCUAUGCAGACAAACAAUGCACAGCUAGUUUAAUAUUAGGUACUGGAUCAAAUGCAUGUAUAGUGGAAGACAGAAAACGCUAUAAAAGGGUUAGCACAGAGGAUGCUCAUUCAGACAAGAUUCUCGUUGAUGUUGAAUGGGGAGCUUUAGGGGAUAAUGGAUGUUUAGACUUUUACAAGAAUGAAUUUGAAAGAGAAGUUAAUAAGUUCUCUAAUCACCCCAAUUCAUAUACAUUAGAAAAAUCAUUCAGUGGAAUGUAUAUUGGUGAACUUGUUAGAUUGUGUUUAGUAAAAUUGAUAGAUAAUAAAACACUUUUUAAUGGAACAUCUUCCAAAAAAUUAGAUACUCGAUGGUCACUCAAUGCAGAAAGUGUUGCUUCUAUUGAAAGCGAAACAGACGGCAGCAAUAACAAUACUCUGAAAGUUCUGAAGGAAUUUAAUUUACAUGAUGAAGACAAUAUUGCUACAGAAGAAGAUAUCGCUCUAGUCAAAGAAGUGUGUUACCUUGUGUCACAGAGAGGGGCAUACAUUGUAGCUUCAGCAUUAGCAGUGCUCUUAAAACGUAUGGAGAAGAAGGAAAUCUCAGUAGGUAUUGAUGGUUCCCUCUACGAACAUCAUCCCAACUACCAUAUACACAUGAUGGAUGUAUUAAACAGAUUGUUGCCUGACGUAAAGGUUAAGUUAUUUCUUCUCAAGGAGGGCAGCGGAGAAGGUGCUGCCUUUGUAGCAGCUGUUGCCAUGAAAGAUUUGGAGAAACAUCAUUGAUCUAUGUAUAUCGUACACGACAUUACUAUGGAGGAACAUCAUUUAUCUAAGCAUUUCUGACAAAGAUACACGACAUUACUAUGGAGGAACAUCUUUUAUCUAAGCAUUUCUGACAAAGAUACAUGACAUAACGAUGAAAAAAUUUCAUUGAUCUGUGUGUAUCUGAUGAAAAUACUAAUAUCUAAUUACAUUGUAACGAAAAAAGGAAAGAAAUUGUAUGCGAAAAAAUAAUGGUGCCUUAAUUAGAGGAAUCCUUGAAGUUCAAACAAUUGAUAGUUCUUGUUCUGAGAUUUGCUCAAUUGUCAAACAUGUUAGAAUCUCAGGAAGUUUUCACAUUACAAAUAUCCUAUAUCU